GUCACAGGUUGGUUGUUCCUGUCUUGUUUUUGUUGUCAAAUGCUGCAUGACUGCUUUAAAUCAUGGCGAUCCCUAUAGCCAUCUUGGACUGUGAUCUACUCCUACACGGUCGAGGCCACAAGACCCUGGACCGCUUUGACCUGGACUCUGUCCCAGAUGAUUUCCUCCUCACGCACUUCGGCUUCCCCAGAGAGUUUAUUCUGUAUCUGGUGGAGUUACUCAGAGAGGCUCUCUGCAGACGGACCCAGCGGUCCAGAGCCAUCAGCCCUGAGGUCCAGGUGCUGGCUGCUUUGGGAUUCUACACAUCUGGCUCGUUCCAGACAUCUAUGGGAGAUACUAUAGGGAUCAGCCAGGCGUCAAUGUCAAGAUGCGUGUCUAAUGUAACCAGAGCCCUUGUGGAGAAAGCUCCCCAGUUCAUCACGUUCAACAAAGAUACAGCCAGCUCAGAGCAGUCCCUCCAGCAGUUUCAGAGGGUGGCAGGAUUCCCAGGAGUUCUGGGGGUGCUGGACUGUGUUCAGGUCACCAUCAAAGCGCCAAACAGCGAAGACUCUUCAUAUGUAAACAGGAAGGGCUUUCACUCUGUGGGCUGUCAACUGGUUUGUGAUGCCAGAGGGUUGUUACUCAGCGCAGAAACACACUGGCCAGGCGGACUCAAAGACACUGAAGUUCUAGAGAGAUCUGCUCUCCGCAAACAUUUGCAGGACAUAGAGGAGGGCUGGCUGCUGGGUGACCGUCGUUAUCCUCUAAGGAAGUGGUUGAUGACUCCGGUUGACUGCCCAGAGUCCCCUGCUGAGUUUCAAUAUAAUCUGGCUCACAGUGCUACACAUGAGAUAGUGGACAGAACCUUCAGAGCCAUACAGACCAGAUUCAGAUGUUUGGACGGCACCAAAAGAUACUUACAGUAUUCUCCAGAAAGGAGUUCAUCCAUCCUGCUGGCCUGCUGUGUUCUCCACAACGCCUCCCUGCAGUCUGGAUUGGAUGCCUGGACUCUGGAGAGAACCGACCCUCUGGAGCAACCCGAGUGCCUCGAACAGAGACCCGAGGACCGCGACAUCCAGGCAGAGGACCUCCGAAAACAGCUCAUACUCAAACACUUCAGCUGAACUGCUGGUCGGGGUCAAAGGGGAUCAAGACUACAUUAAAACUGGGACCAGAGCAAACCAUCUUUUUUUUUUUAAAGUGGUUAGCAUUGCAACCCUCAACAGGAUAAGCAGUUACGGAAAAUGAAUGAAUGAAUGAAUGAAUGAAUGAAUGAACAAACCUGUACAAGUCAUAUUUAAAGCGAGAAAAUCCACAGACACAGUGUUGCUGAUGCAGUUUUUUAAUAUUUUGCUGGUUUCUACUCUACUGACUACACUAAGAUAACAUAGUUGUAUAUGGAGGAACAUGCAAGACGCUAUACAACAAACCAAGACAACAUUAUACCCAAACACAUUUCAAAUACGUAGGAAGUGCUUGAUUAUUCUGUCUCUAACAUAUCCACGAAGAGGUUUACAAUAAUCAAGCACUCCCUGGUGUUUAACAACCAUCUGAACUGUGUGCAGCUGCUGUGUUAUCAAGGUUUCUUUACAAGUUGAAAAAAAACUCACCCUCCCUUAUUUUUUAAUCCCUCCCCUCUUUACAUUGUCCUUCCCCUCAAAAAUUCUCUUUUUUUCCUUUCCAACUUAAUUCCACAGGUUAAAAUCUCGGAUUACUAUGUCACAAUACAAAAACAAGGCCCUUAUUUACAACAACUGCACAUUAGGUUGUCAUUAUUUAUGUACACUGGUGCAUUAAGACUGUUAACGGGUGAGAAUGACAGAAUGUUUGUGCAACGGGCUGCAGUCACGUGAUGUUUUUGUGUACACACAAGAUGACGGACACAAAAUGAAACAGAGAUGAAUAAGAAAAAAAACUGAGAAGAUGUGUUAAUUGUACUGAGUAUUUUAUAAGUAAGAGUUAUUUAUUUAAGGAUUUGGUCUGUUUUUAUAGCGUUUAAUUUAAAGGAAUACCAUGACAUUUAAUUGUUCAAUUUUUUUCUCACAUUGUCAGAAUAGUGGUGAAGAACUAAAGAUUUAUUAUAAAUGUCCCGGUGUUCCUUCAAAUUGUGGAGUAACGAAGCUAGUGGUGUUUUACUUCUUGGAAUGUUUUAGUCCCCUGAUUGGCUUCAUCAAUAUAUACACACUUUCUACAAACAGGAAUAAAUACAUCAUACACUGCUGUCGCACGAGCUCUUUUAGCAUCGAUGUUGCUGCUUGGUUUGAUGAAUUUAUGACAGAAAAAUAUCUACAUUAAGCAUUAUCGUCAAUGUUUUAAUUAUUUAAAAAUCCUCUGUGUCUUUUUAGGUCAAGAAACUUCAGCUUGACAGUAAUAAUUAGCUUUUUGAAGGUGUAAUUGUAUAAGUUAAUGGCAUUUUUAAAUCACGAGGGAACAAAAAAAGCCCCUCGCAGGUUUUCAUGCGACAGCAGUGGAACAUAAACACUGUAUUACAGUUAAAAGACACAAAUAGAUCAUGUCAAAGUUUUACACUCCAUAAAACGGCAUGUAAACUACACACCAUCAUGUAAAACUUCAUCAUCCUAAAUGCCAAAACACAACAUACAUUUCCUUUUUUUUUUCUUGCAUACAAUAAAUAUGCUCUUUUUUUGAUGCUCAGAAUAUAUUAUAAGUUGUAUUUUGGUGUUUUUUGUAAACAUUAUUUAUAAAAAACAAAAACACAAGAACAUAAACUAACCUUAAAAACACGUUCAGUAUUUCUUUUUUUGUUGCAUAAAUUAAAUAUGCUCUUUUUUGAUGCUGCAAAUAUAUUAUAUAUAUACAAUUUUUAGUUCCAUAAAAAUACUUUUAUGUCAUGUUUCCCAACCUCUGUCAGGACCCCUUUAGUGGUCCCUUGAUAUGAAAAUAUGGUUCCCCCCAAAAUUAUGCAGAAUCUGGAUGUGAAAAACUUGAGAUGGAUUCAAAAAGUGGAAAAAUAAAAUACACAAAAACAAAAAAAACUGUUUGGUAAGCAGGUCAAACCAAGGCUGGCUCGUAGCAAAGGUGAAUCUGACAAGCUUUUACACCCACAGGCGUGUAAAUAAAACAAUUCCCCUAAAUAAAUCCUAAACAUUAAUCCAGUUUAUGAUUAUUCAAAAGAAACAAAAACUAUAGUGACGGCAAAAUGAGCCCGAAAAGGCAGAGGCCAGCCCUGAUUUAAACAAACAAUGUGUGAUCUAGUUAGGUUUUAAGGUGAGUGUGUGGGCUUUAGGUGUAAGGCCAAGUUGGUCAUAUUUAACUGAAGUAAGUGGAAGGCACUUUUUAAAUGGCACAACUUCCUUUUAAAAAGGACUAGACGUGUUAUUUUUUAAUAUUUAGUUUUGUCUUGGAAAAUCCAAGCACCGUGUGCUAACAUAAGCUCCCACAGUGGAGGUCCAUCAAGUAUCCAUAUGUAUUUAUAUUCACAAUUUCUUUAAAGGUACAAAGGUGUAUCAUUGUGUGUUUCUCUAGACGUUAAAACUACAUUUCCCAUAAAGCUCGCUUUCCCUCUAAAAUGGCUACGCUACAUUAGUUCUGGAGAGAAAGUGAGGGAGCCAAAAGCAGCUAAUAAUUGCUUUCAGUCUGUCUUGACAUGGUAAGAUAACGGCAGAGGUGAGACCAAGUCGUUGUUUUGCAAGUCCCAAGUAAGCCUUUAGUCUUUACACUCAAGUCCUGUGUCAAGUCUUAGGUCAAGUCCCAACUAUUAAACUUUUGAGUUUCGAGUCCUA